AUGGCCUUUGCAAAAAAUGGUGUUGACCAGAUUGUGGGCUCUUUAGAGGUGAUUUACAACCCGCAAUCCACCAACAAGAGUCGCCACGAAGCCCAGGAGUUUCUGGAAAGCAUAAAACAGAUACCCGAGUCGCCAUAUUGGGGUUACCUAUUGGCGCUCCCGGACAAUAAAAACGACUUCAUUGUGAGACAUUUUGGUCUGAGCUUGCUCUCCAAUGCCAUCAAGAAAGACUUUUCCCAAUGGGACCUAGAGAAACAGGAAGCGGUCAGAAAUUGGGUCAUCGAACUAGCUAUGAAAGUGGCGCCGACAGAUCCUCACUACAUGAAGGAGAAAAUAGCGUUCUUAUGGGUUGAGAUUGCCAAAAGGUGUUGGGGGCUCUGCCUUUCAAAGGAAGAAGAAGAAAUUGCGCUCAAAGAUAAAUCGUAUACAGACCAUGAAAAACUCCAAAGCUGGGCUUCCAUGGACGCGAGCCUGCUCAGACUGUGGGAGCACUCACUGAUCACAAGAGAACUCUCUCUCAUCAUAUUUCGUGCAUUGUUUGAGGAUGUUUACUUGCUUGAUGAUCCUGUGGUCUCGCAGAGAAACAACGUACUGUCAUCUCUCUGUCCCGAGGUGGUUACAUCCGAGGAGAUAUUAUUGCUCAAAUAUGAGCCAAACGAGUCUCUCCGGAUAUUUGCUGCUUCAAAUCAAGGAUGGCUUCUUAGAUGGUCCGGUCUUCUAGAGGAAUGUAUUGAUUACAUGUUGAGCCAUCCUCGAUCUAGCUCCGAUGAAAACUACCGGAACCUUUACAAUCUCGCUGUCAAGAUUCUACAAGUUUUCAAGACCAGCUUGUACUGGAUCUUACCAAUUGCAUUUCGUGCGGCCGGCGUGCUUGGGAAGCUUAGUCGGUUGCUGGCAAUUGAUGAUGUUCACAUAAAAACUCUCACUGUCGACUGCUUACAAGUCUUAUUCACAAGGGCAUACUCGGAGGAGGCCGAUUUCAACGAGAUAAUUGGUUCCAUUUUCCAGACCGAAGGUUUGGCGAUGCUAUUUAAGGUGUUUAAAAGUAUACAGCUGGACCCCGAUGACGUCGAUGAACAAAAUUAUACCCUGCUCAAGAAACUAGUGGAAAUGAUUGUGGGCCUGAGUGAAUAUUUCCAGCUUUCUGACAACAACAUCAAAUUCAAGCUUCCUGAAUCUGCGGAUGUAUUGAACUAUUUCAAACUGGUUUUGGAAACCACAAAGCAUCCGUCUCUGGUGAUAUCAGGCUUAUCUCUCCAAUUUUGGUGUUCAAUGCUAAGAAUAGAUGAGUUAAGCGACAAGCCAGAUUUCGAGCAAAUCAUGCCUGAACUUUUGGACGUGACAGCCAGCAGACUGAUCAACUAUGCGGACUACGAUGACGAGUGCGUUGAGAGGAAGAUGCUGAGCAUAGACUUUGAGAGCCAGCCUGAGGCCACUACUUUUUUGAACAAUUACAAAAAACUGAGCGAUGACAUUGUACGGAUUAUCAUAUGCAAGAAGCCUAACGAUGGGCUGCAGUGGCUCGCCAACAGGCUGAACAAAUUCUACUCAUCACCGGUGGGUAUACAAUCGCUGAAUGAUCCAAAAUUGAUCUACAAAGGCAAAAAUUCAGAGCCAUUUAUUUUUGGAUACGCCCAGUUUGUCACCAUCGAGGCUUGCGUGCGAGGAAUAUCAAGGUGGCUUAUAUGGUGUCAAGAUGACGACAUGGAGACAAAGAAAGCUUAUCUAAUCAAUGAAGUGGAUGAGCUUUGUAAAAUGCUGCUGAGCAUGACUGUCAAAGAUCCAAUGCUGCUGAGAAAACAAAUCCAGACGUUGGUGCAGUUCACACCCCUCCUGAAAGAUGUUUCGGGAACCAUGUUCAAGGUAUUAGAGAAAGUCAUGGAGUCUUGUACAUUUGAUUAUCCUCCUGACGCUGGAGAUGAUGAACGAGAACUAGUCCGUGAUUUAAGGACAAGCGGUGGUACGGAGCUCAACAGACUUGCGUAUCUGAUGCCAGAAUCUCUCAAGGAUAUUCUACCCGAGCUAGAGUCGGCCAUUGCCACUAUUUUGAGUUCGAGGAAGCUGAGCGACCAUGAAGCUGUGGCGUUCAAGUCCUUCCUUCUAGUGGUAUCACAGCGAUCAUCUAUUGACAACAAAGCUCAAAGGUUCGCCAAUAUAGUCGACCCAGAGCUUGUUGCGUGGUCAAAUCCAGCAACAGAAAAAGGACUACUAGAAUUGCACUGGUUCAUGGAAAGACUAGGUAUUGUUAGAAUUGCAGACUAUUUCCAAUCGAGAGGAAUUACUGCAGACACAAACCUGCUGGAAGCACAAAUGGACGAAAGAGGACGAGCGCUGAAGAGCGAAUUAAAGGAUCAUUGGUCAUCUGUUUUCCCCAUUCGUGCAACAAGAAUUUUCAUUCAAUACAGUAUUGAGAAGCUAGAUCAUCAGUCUGAAACUUAUCAGGAUUUGUUAAAAUUAUGGAAACCAAGAAUUAAGCCGAUUUUGCCCCACAUUUUGCAGCUGAUCUAUCAGAUCCAAGCGUACCAUAAUCCUGCUAAUUGGUCCGGCCUGCCGUCCGAGGUGCAAUCUUUCGUCAGAUACAGUUGCAUGGAGAGAUUCUGGCAGCAGGGUGUUUCUAUUCAAUCCAAGGAAUCGUUUAUGGAUGAGAGUGUUAAGGCCAUGCAUACAUUAAGAGAUUUUGCCGACAGCGUUGGGCAUAUUGUGAGGUACACGAGAGAGUAUGCUUAUUUGACAAUCAGCUCUAUUUCGGAGCUCGAAGAAACGUUAUACGAGAUUCCGGACUGUGCAAAUCUCUUGUGGAAAGCCCUGACGGGCGAGUCCGUGGGCAUUACUCUUCAUUCUUGGAGGCACAUGAUUAAUCUUGUGAUUCGAAAUGUGAUAAAGAACUGUCCUAUCUCGCACUUGGACUCUUUCAUGGUCCAACUCUUGCCCCAGGUACUGAACACAAUUGAUUCGUUGCUUGUUGCCAAAUGGGACGUGGUCUACCAGAAGGGACUGCAACUUGAGGGCAACGAGAGCGACGAGCAGCUGAGUGAGGAGAUGAUGGAAGAACAUAUGCUCAGACAACUUACUGCCGUGAUCGAUCGGAUGCUAAUUGAUCUUGUUGGCCAACAGGCGCCAACAAGCUUGAUUGAAAGACAAUUGAAAACCAGAGAAAUUAUAUUCCGGGAUCUGAACUUGCUCGCACCUCUAUUGAAUCUGCUGUGCCAUAUUAUUAGCUUCAAAGAUACCAGAUGCUCUUUUAACGCCAUUUUGAUAGUGAAGCAUAUGAUCCAAGAUCUUGUUGCCCUGAAUAACGACGACGUCGACAAGUAUCUGUCGGAGCAUGUGAUCGAAACGCUCUUAUCUGUGCUUGUUGAUAAGUUUUACGCAGACGCACACCCGGAAGCUGCCUACACUUUGACUCUGCUUUACAUGGGAUUAAGAUACAAGUCGUCAUAUCCUGCAAUGAUUCUUCAAAAGUGCCUUAAUCUAAGCAACAAGGAAAUGUCCGAUUUUGAGCUGCUUUUAAUGAACUGCAAGAAACUUCGGGAAAGACGAAACUGUUUCCUGCAACUGGUAGAGAAUGCAAGUGAUCCGGGAAACAGCAACGAAGAGCAGAAAAUGAGAGAUCGCAAAAAACAGGUAGAGACUGCUCAGCAGCGAAGAAGCAAAAAAGGAGCUGCAGAUGACGUUAUGGACGACCCUCUCACAGAGAAGACACUGAACAACAUGUUUGGAGAAGAAAUGCAGUAAUUGAAGUGGUGAAUAUCUUGUCAACUUGCUGUUUCGUGCGAAGUUUUCCAUAUAUCGUUGAGGGUGUACACGGCAUUUUUUUCAAGCUCUUCGUUCCAGUUUGGGUAUAUUUUUUUUAGGAAAUCGAUGAAGCUAUCUUGGUCUAGUUCUGCCAUCGUGCGGCGUCCUAUUGAGUAGAUGAUCAUGUUGUCGUCUGAGGUUCUGCUGGCGGACGUGAUGCGUCGCUGGGUUUUUGAUUUUGUCUGUGUCACAUCGAGCUGAUUCAAAUAUUCCUGUUUGACCAUGAGGAGCAAAAAGUCUGGUAGUGUUGUACCAAGCAGCUCCACAGGUUUUGUUUCGCUGAAAUGAAGCUGGAAUUUGGUUUGCAAGAUGCUGAGCAGGUCUUGUUUGUUGACGUGAUUCUCGUUGAGUAGAAUGAUUGCUAUUAUGAGCAUUUUGAAGCCCUGAGCUAUCAAGUCCGACACAGGCUUGGGCAGGUUCGCUCCUGUUUUGUAAAGAUCAGAGGAAUCUGUAGUCGGUUCCUUGAGAUCCGACAACGAGGCAAUUGGACGUGACUGUGACUGGAAGUACGAGUAGAUCUCGUCCUUUAAUGACAGCGGCAGUUUGUUAACCAGCAUGUAAUCAUCAGAGGACGCGCUCUUUGUAUCUUGUCUGGGCGGAAGUUCCACAAGUUCCAAGCCAAAAACACGAUCCAGCGUUUCCCUGAUGUUGGGCAGAAGAUCUUUCUUGAACUGUAUUCCGUGACCUUUUUCUCCCUCAACCUCCAUAAUUUUUGCUAUCAAGCCUUUAUUCAGGACCUGAUACUUGCUUUCCAUUGCCAAUAAGGAGCGAACAAAGGCUUUGGUGAGUUUUUGGAUGCGUUGCUGCUUCACAGAAGCCUUGGACGAAGCAACGGAACGUUUUUCGGCACCCGACUCCUCAGAGCUAUCGCUGGAAGCGGACUCGUCUGACCCGUUCGAUUGCGACGUUUGGACCCUUCUGGACUUGCGCGGAGGCUCCACGUAGUCGUCGUCCUCUUCGUACGCGUCGA